CCUCUGCACCCCUCCCUUUCUCUGUUUGUUGGGAGGCACAAAACAGGAAAUGACUGCCAUGGAUGUGAAUUGAAAUCGAAGACACCGACGAAACCUGACUGCGCAGCCUGUGCUCCUGGGGACCCCUCGGCCUGAUACCCACCGACGUCUGGUCACAGAUUCCCGCUGCAUCGAGGCCUACCCACUGACUCCAUGCUGGGCUCUCCCGGCCUUCUGUGGCUCCUGGCUGUCAGCUUCUCCUUGGUUCCCAGAGCGCAGCCCUUCACCCCUCAAGUCUCUGAGGAAGAGGAGGAAGAUGAGACAGUGUGGCCACCUUUGCCGGCUGUCCCCUGUGACUACGACCGCUGCCGCCACCUGCAGGUGCCGUGCCAGGAGCUGCAGAGGGCCAGCCCAACGGCCUGCCUGUGCCCCGGCCUCUCCAGCCCGGCCCAGCCGCCCGACCCGCCACGCCUGGGCGAAGUGCGCGUGGUGGCCGAGGCCGGCCUCGCGGUGGUGCACUGGUGUGCCCCCUCUUCCCCGGUCCACCAGUACUGGCUGCUGCUUCGGGAAGGCAGCGGGGCACCCCAGAAGGGUCCCCCCCUCAACUCAACCGUCCGCAGGGCAGAACUGAAGGGACUGAAGCCUGGGGGCGCUUAUGUCGUUUGCGUGGUGGCCGCUAACGGGGCAGGAGAGAGCAGCGUGCCCAAGGCGGGCGGUGAGGGCCUCAAGGGCCCUGCCUUUGGGCCCUGCGGCCGCCUGGCCGUGCCCCCCAGCCCCCAGACACUGGUCCACGCAGCCGUGGGCGUGGGCACGGCGCUGGCCCUGCUCAGCUGCGCCGCCCUGGUCUGGCACUUCUGCCUGCGCCAGCGCUGGGGCUGUCCCCGCCGCACGGCCACCCGACCCGCCGCGGGGCUCUGAGCAGCCUCGGAGCAUCUCCCGCCAAGCC